CUUGUUUUAUGUUUAAAAUAUUCCACAGACAUUAAUAAUUCCAUUCCGAAGUUGAUAAUAUGUAAAAUAUAUAAAUAUAAAACAUUGUGAUAUGGCUUGACAUAUGCAAAGGAGGAAGAUUUUGGUGCUCUGUUAUCACUCACUACUCUUGUUUACUGGCCCCAUUCCUAUACUUACAUACCCACAUACAAUAAGGUAAUAGUAAUUUGCCAAUAAAACCUCAAAAGUAGUUGAUAAUACGUAAAUAUAUAUAAGAUAUCUGGGUGAUGUUUUGAUGCUGUCGCCUUGAUAUGAUGCGCAUGCGCAGGAGAAAUUUGUACUAGGGAGAGGUUUGGCAGGACAGCGGCGCACGUAAGCGGCCGCACGUGGUACACGUGGACCAUUUGUGGAUAGCCCUGGAAGAAGGCCACUUUACGUGGGACACAAGAGGACCUGUCUCGCCGCCGGAGAGUGAGAACAGCAGCGCUGAUGAGGAAGCGGGAGCCGACUCAGUGGGCAGUGAUGCUGUUCUCCCGGCAGCCGAAGGAGUGAGUGACAAGGACGCUGUGGAGAGUCACCGGCUCACUGGCCAUUACUGCGUGGCUGAUUGACGCUAGUGCCUGCUCAGUGCCCUUCUCUGUGAUGUUUGCAAUAUGUCAUCGCCACUCACUAGCAGAGUGACUCGACACAUCAUGGACAAGUGAAGAAGCAGAACAACUUAAGGGGCAAGAGAGACUUCAGGUGGUCAUUGGAGCUACUUCACACUGCUGUCUGUGAGCACUGGUGGGAUGACGCCUUCAGGCUCCUGCCAUGUGUCGUCACCCACACAGCACCGCAUCUUCCCCUGGAGCUCCUGUGGCGGGUGACAGAUGUCAUCACCAGAAAUGUCCCGAGUCUGCCUGUGGAUGAUAGAAAAAAAACUCAUGUCCAUUCUUCAUGGUAUGAAGUUAAAGACAUCAAUGUUUCUUGACAUUUUAUCACAAGAUCUUGCAGAGGCAACAGAGAGAGAUGCUGAUGAACUGUUGCAGAUGAUAAAGGACAUCCAGAACCAGAGACAACCUCCAGCACCGGGGAUUGAGACCAGGACAGGCAAGCGCCUCAAGGCCCUGUCUGAUGGCUACAUUGGUCUAGUGCAUUAUCACCGCUGGAAGAGUUCCUUGCCAAAUACCAUGUCAGCCCCCAGCCACUGGACGAUGAUUCCUGCUCUUUGAACAUCUGUGAAAAUCAAGGAACAGGAAACACUGACAAGAAGAUAGCCAGAAUGGCUCACUGGUUCCUGAAGAAAGCUUUCAGUGGCCUUAUUGAACCUUGCAUCAGCAGAGCGUGUCCUGACGACCCCCUGGUGCUGGAGCAAGUGAACAUCUACCUUCACAGUUUGGAGCAUGGAGGGCCGGCACUAGAGAGGGCUGUGAUGUGGAUGAGGAGUGCUGAGAGUGACAGUGGCCAAGAAAGCAGUGAUGAGUGUCCAGGUCCCACAAAUGCCUCCUGCACAUUGAGGACAACAGGGAAGAUGGAGGUGCUGAUGAGAUGCCUGUCGCUGCUUGUGGCAAUGCUGGACUACCCUGCUCACACCUGGGAUCUGCAGCGAUGGCAGAAGCUGACGCUGGUGUUGACCAAGUUUUACCAGGCCUGGGUCCAUGUGGAAGUCAUCAGCAACCCUGACUUCACCAUUUCAAGAGGCCAGGUUAUGUGUACAAGUCACCUUCAGUUGUGUCACAAGAGUAGUGAAGUGCUUCUCAGUUUUUGCUGUUACCAGGACAGAUGGAAGUGCUGCUUCUGCACAACUUCCAUCAGCCAAGGCAGCUGCACCUCCUGCUGAUGCCAAGAUGUCCACCCUCAUGGUAGACUGAUGAAGUGGCCAACCAGCUGUUGAAAAAAAUUAGAAAUAGAACUGAAGCUGAUGGAAACUUAAUUAAGAAAAAAAAGACAUUGAAGUAGAAGAAAUAAAAUUAUAUAAAUAAAAAAAAAAAAAAUAGAACAGAAAAUGGCAGUAAAAGAUAUGGUAUAGAUGCAAAUAAUAUUUUGUGCUUUUUGUUUUAUUUUCCAUUAGGUUAUAGGAAUGUAAUUUAUUUAUUUCUUAUUUGUUAAAAUUUUAUAACUACUGUAAUUAUAUUUAUAGGAAUGUAAGUUUUUGUUAUUUGUUUAAAUUUUAUAACUUUGUGUAAAUAUUUUUAUAGGAAUGUAGUUUAUUUUUUGUUAUUUGUUUAAAUUUUAUAAGUUUUGUGUAAUUGUAUUUAUUGUAUAUAUUUUUUUCUUUUCAUUUUUCAUAAAAGUAAAAGUGAGGACAAACAUUAAUAA